GGCAAACCAGGGGGAGGAACAAAGCACUUGGGGCGGAGCCCCAAGCUCCGGUUGGGGGAGGUGAUAAGGGGGAUUUAUUAUCCUGUGCAGGUGCUCCAGCCACUGGGAACGUGGCACUGGUCACACCUGCGGCCUAUCUGGUAAUCAGAGCAGACCCUAGAUAAGGAGAGGAGAAGAGACCGGACGGGAGCAGACGUCGGAGAGGAGGUAACCCUCAGGACUCACCGCUCUACUCUACUCUGCUCCUAACAGGACACGGAAGCGGGCGCCACGUAGGAGGAGACGCCACAUAUUUCAGUUUGGAAGCCGGUUGGAAGAGCCGUAGUUUUUGACCUUUGUUAUUAAAAGGACCCUUUUUGUUUGCAUUUGCUGUCUGAGUUUCUUAUUUUACGCCCGAAUCUGGCCUCACUCCCCCUGGGUUACCACAUUUUGGUGGAGGAUGCGGGCAUGACGGUCUGUCGCUAAAGAUUCAGGCUAAAAUAGGUACUCCGAGAGAGACACGGAGAACCAUGGAGAAUGCACUGACACAGCUCAUCCAGACCCAAACCCAGCAGGCCCAGAGUCUUCAAGCCUUACAGGACGCCAUCACUACUCUUGGACAGCAUCUGGUAAAGCCAGAGAGGCCUACGGAACCCAGUAAAGUUCUCACCAAGCAGACCGGUGAGGAUGACAUUGAGGCCUACCUAGAGGUUUUUGAAAGGACUGCAGAGAGGGAACGUUGGCCUAGAGCACAAUGGGCAGGAAUUCUAGCCCCUUUUUUAAUUGGCGAAGCUCAAAAAGCCUGCCGGGACCUUUCCCCCGCUGACGUAAACCAGUAUGGGGCAUUGAAAGCUGCGAUUUUGGCCCAUUAUGGACACAACCUGCAGACGAGGGCCCAACAGUUCCACGCCUGGGAGUAUGACGCUACUGCCCCAGUGCGGCCGCAAAUUGCAACGCUGAUGCGAUUGACACGCAGUUGGUUAACCUCGGGGGAGGGGCCUCCAGCGAUUGACAGAGUUGCCAUGGAUCGCUGUAUCAGAGCUUUACCCGGGGAUGCCAAACGACACGCUUCUCAAAGCUGCCCAGAGACAGUAGAUGCCCUAGUGACGCUGUUGGAGAAUCACCAGGUCACGGUACAGUUGAUGCAAAGCAGUAGGCCACCCAGCCAAUCGGACCCCAGGAGAGACAGGCAGAGGCUGAGGAAGAGCGACACGGAGGCACUGGCCCCAAGCCCGAGGCCCCAAGGGGGUCCGCCCCAGCCAUCCCUCCAGCGCCGCCCCUUUGUGAAUCCGGACCGGCGAAAAUGCUUUGCCUGUGGACAAGAGGGCCAUAUAGCGUGGAAUUGUCCGGGAGAAGACAUUCUGAUGCCUACGGCGGGCUCCUCCGACUCCCCACGGAAGGCCAACAGCUAUCUUACCACGUGCUGGGCUCAUGAGGGCGCAAGGGCCCCAAAGCUGCCGGUCAGAAUAGGGACCCAGGAUGCUGAAGCCCUACUCGACUCCGGCAGUGCGGUCACCCUCCUACGGCCCGGGUUGACCUCUGGCCCCAGGGGACCCCCUAUCCCAGUCUCCUGUGUCCACGGGGAUUCACGAGAGUAUCCCACGACCCACAUUAAGGUCCAGACCACCAGGGGCACAUUUGAGGUUGUUGCGGGCUUAGUGGAAAAUCUGCCGGUACCAGUGCUGAUUGGGCGGGACUGCCCAAUAUUCUGGCGUUUGUGGGCAUGCAGGACUGCUGGCCACCGAAGAAACUGUCCCACCAAGAAACCUUGUAGGGACCAGAAAGUCAAGGUGGCACAUGCCUGUGCAGCCCCAUCUAGCCCAACCACGUCAUCUGCAGAAGGGACAGAGGAGGAGGCCCUGGCCCCAGCGGAGGCCCCGGCCCCAGCGGAGGCCCCGGCCCCAGCGGAGGCCCCGACAAGGAGGGAUCCCCGACUAACUGAAGGGUCUUCGAACGAGGCUUUUUCGGAGUUCCCACUGGCAGAAGAGGCAUCUUCCACCAGGCCCGGGCAGUUUGGGACGGCCCAGUGGGAGGACCCUAACCUGGAACAAGCGCGACAGAACCUGGCUGUGGUCGAGGGAGAACCGGUGGCGGGGGUAAGUGCUAGCACCUUUCCACACUUUUCAAUCAAGAAUGGCCUCUUGUAUAGGGUGGCAAAGCUGGAGGAACGGGUGGUGGAACAGUUGCUAGUCCCCAAGCGCUAUAUUAACAAAGUGUUGUACCUAGCCCACUCCCACCUGUUGGGAGCUCAUUUGGGGGUGGAGAAAACCUACGACCGAGUCCGGGAGCGCUUCUACUGGCCGGGGGUGAAGAAGGCGGUCCAGGAUUAUUGCCAAAUCUGCCCACAAUGCCAGAAGACGGCGCCGAAGGUAAACUACCAGAAUCCACUAAUACCACUACCAAUAAUCGACAUCCCAUUCCAGAGGGUGGCCAUGGAUAUAGUAGGCCCCUUGCCGAAGUCCAGUAGGGGGCACCGGUUUAUCCUGGUUAUCAUGGAUUAUGCCACCCGGUACCCAGAGGCGGUCCCGUUACGCACCGCAAGUGCUAAAGCGGUGGCGAGAGAAUUAUUCCUUCUCUUUAGUAGAGUUGGGAUUGCCAAGGAAGUCCUUACUGACCAGGGAACCUGUUUCAUGUCUCGGGUGAUGAAGGAGAUGUGUAAACUGCUGAAGGUGAGCCAAAUACGAACCUCUGUCUACCACCCACAGACGGACGGCCUGGUAGAACGUUUCAAUAAAACCUUAAAACAAAUGCUAAGGAAGGCUAUUGACGUGGAGGGGAAAAACUGGGACCAACUAAUCCCCUUUGUCUUGUUCUCAAUCCGCGAAGUGCCCCAGGCGUCCACAGGGUUCUCACCAUUUGAGCUGCUGUAUGGACGGAGACCCAGGGGCAUGCUGGACCUGGCCAAAGAAGCAUGGGAGCAACAGCCAUCAGCCCAUCGCUCCGCCAUAGAGUAUGUCGACCAGAUGCAGGACAGGAUGGCUAAGGUAUGGCCCCUGGUGCGGGAGCAUAUGCAACAAGCCCAACACGCCCAAGCCAGAAUCUAUAACCGUAGAGCUCAGCUACGGGAGUUCCAGCCGGGAGAGUUUGUCUUGGUCCUGAUUCCAACGGUGGAAUGCAAAUUCCUGGCAAAGUGGCAUGGACCCUAUGAGGUGAUUGAAAGGGUGGGGGAGGUGAAUUAUAAGGUAAGACAACCGGGAAGGAGGAAAAUCUGCCAAAUAUAUCACAUUAAUCUGUUGAAGAGAUGGCACGCCCCUGACAGUGUUCCGAUGGCCGCACUAACCACCGAAACCCAAGAUCGUGUCCCCUCACAGGUACCUCUGGGCCCCCAUCUGAGUCCGACCCACCGGCAAGACAUGGUGGAACUAACUGGGCAGUUCAAAGAUGUUUUUUCAGACAUGCCGGGAAGGACCACGGUGAUUAACCACGACAUCAUCACCGAACCUGGGAAAAAGGUGAGGCUCCGACCCUACCGCAUACCAGAGGCAAAAAGGGAGACCAUCAAAGAAGAGGUGAGAAGGAUGUUGGAGAUGGGCGUUAUUGAGGAGUCACACAGUGCAUGGUCCAGCCCGAUUGUGUUGACUCCAAAACCCGACGGCAGCGAGAGAUUCUGCAAUGAUUUUAGAAAAUUGAACGAAAUCUCAAAAUUUGACGCUUACCCCAUGCCGAGGGUUGAUGAGUUAAUAGAGCGAUUAGGCCCAGCCCGGUUUGUGUCCACGCUCGACCUCACUAAAGGUUACUGGCAGGUUCCCCUCACAGAAACCGCCAAAGAGAAGACAGCGUUUGCUACCCCAGAAGGCCUGUACCACUAUAGAGUCCUGCCCUUCGGAGUCCACGGAGCGCCAGCUACGUUCCAAAGAAUGAUGGACCAGGUGCUCCGACCUCAUCGGGAGUAUGCAGCGGCCUACCUAGAUGAUGUGGUCAUACACAGCCCCGACUGGACCACCCAUGUAGGCCACCUGAAAGCUGUCCUGGGAAGCCUACGGAGAGCUGGCCUGACCGCCAACCCAAAAAAGUGCCACCUUGGCCUGGAGGAGGCGGAAUACCUCGGCUACACCAUUGGGAGAGGCAGUGUGAGACCCCAAUCCCGGAAAGUGGAGGCCAUUGCCACCUGGCCUAAGCCAGCCACGAAGCGGCAAGUAAAAACGUUCCUCGGCCUGGUCGGCUAUUAUCAGUGCUUUAUACCCCACUUUGCUACUAUUGCAGCCCCUUUACACGAGAUGACGAAAAACAGCCACCCACACCAGGUCCUCUGGAGCACCGAAGCUGAGGCAGCCUUUACAACCCUUCGGAGGGCCCUGUGCACCGAGCCAAUUUUAAGCACCCCUAAUUUUGAGGACACGUUCAUCGUCCAUACAGAUGCCUCUGGAUCAGGGCUUGGAGCCGUGCUGUCCCAGGUCAGAGGAGGAGAAGAACACCCAGUGACCUAUAUCAGCCGUCGGGAAAAGCACAUGGAAACGCAGACGCCUUGUCCAGGAGGGAAGAAUGCUAUCUCGUUGACGCUCCUAGCCCCAACCUGGAGCUGGUGGAGGGGGUGUGUGGCAAACCAGGGGGAGGAACAAAGCACUUGGGGCGGAGCCCCAAGCUCCGGUUGGGGGAGGUGAUAAGGGGGAUUUAUUAUCCUGUGCAGGUGCUCCAGCCACUGGGAACGUGGCACUGGUCACACCUGCGGCCUAUCUGGUAAUCAGAGCAGACCCUAGAUAAGGAGAGGAGAAGAGACCGGACGGGAGCAGACGUCGGAGAGGAGGUAACCCUCAGGACUCACCGCUCUACUCUACUCUGCUCCUAACAGGACACGGAAGCGGGCGCCACGUAGGAGGAGACGCCACAUAUUUCAGUUUGGAAGCCGGUUGGAAGAGCCGUAGUUUUUGACCUUUGUUAUUAAAAGGACCCUUUUUGUUUGCAUUUGCUGUCUGAGUUUCUUAUUUUACGCCCGAAUCUGGCCUCACUCCCCCUGGGUUAC